AUGUCAGAUUCCAACACAACCGACUUCACCAACCCCUCCACCUUCAUCCUGCUGGGCAUUCCUGGCCUGGAGGCGGCCCAUGUCUGGAUCUCCAUCCCCUUCUGCACCAUGUACAUCAUAGCCAUCUUGGGGAACUUCACCAUCCUGUCCAUCGUAAAGACGGAGCCAAGCCUCCAUGUGCCCAUGUACUAUUUCCUGUGCAUGCUGGCCAUCACCGACCUGGUCCUGUCUACAUCCAUCCUGCCCAAAACGCUGAGCAUUUUCUGGUUUAAUUCCAGGGAAAUAGAUUUCAGUGCCUGCCUCACCCAGAUGUACUUCCUUCACUGCUUUUUAGUGAUGGAGUCUGGGAUCUUCGUGGCCAUGGCUUUGGAUCGCUAUGUGGCCAUCUGCCACCCCCUGAGACAUUCUACCAUCCUGACAAACCCCGUGGUGGCCAACAUCGGUGUGGCCGUAGUCCUGCGUGGUGGCAUGAUCAUACUGCCCUCUUUCCUCCUGGCAAGGCAAUGGCCAUAUUGCAGAAUCAACAUCAUUCCCCACACGCACUGUGAACACAUGGCUGUGUUGAAGCUGGCCUGCGCUGACACCCGUGUCAGUAGUUACUACGGCAUCUUUGUGUUAUUCUUUGCGAUGGGUCUGGAUGUGAUUUUUAUCGCCGUGUCCUAUACCCAGAUCCUCAGGGCCAUCUUCAGCCUCCCCACAAAGGACGCCCGGCUCAAGACUUUUGGGACCUGCGGCUCCCACCUCUGCGCCAUCUUAUCCUUUUACAUCCCAGCUCUCUUCUCCUUCCUCACGUACCGUUUUGGCCACAAUGUGCCCCUACAUUUCCAUGUUCUCAUUGGCAACGUGUACCUCCUGGUGCCCCCCAUGAUAAACCCUAUUAUCUAUGGUGUGAGGACCAAACAGAUCCGGAACAGGCUUCUCCGGUUCAUUAUACAUAAAGGGACUACAUUUUUCUCUUGGUGCUCUGGCUCUCGGACCAAGUUCCGUGAAGAUCUGGGUGGUGAGUUGGUGCUGGGUCCACUUCCCUGA